AUGGAAUUUUUGCUGUUCGGGUUCUUCUUAUCCUGCAGAUUGCGCAAACACCGCCAACGUUCCUCCCGUCCACUCACGCACUCUCUGCUAAAGACCUCCGUCAACAUCAACAGAAUGACGACAAGCACAACAGAAAAGGCGCUCGAGGAUCGCGCCAAGUCGCUUCACAAGAAGGAGAAGAAGGCCGCCGCCAAAGCCGCUGCAGCCGAGGGCUCGCCUUCUCCAGCUUCCCCAAGCAAGAAGGACAAGAAGGACAAGAAGGAGAAAGAUAAGAAGCGUUCCGCUGACGAUGCUGCUGACGAUGACGAAAAGGCAGCCAAGAAGCGUCGCAAGGAGGAGAAGAAGGCCAAAAAGGCUGCUGCCAAAGCAAGUGCCGCCACCUCCAUUGAAUCCACCCCUGCGGCUGCACCAGCUCCCGUAGCAUCUUCGUCCUCAUCAGCCUCCUUCGCACCCACUAAUCCUGCUGCCGCUCGAGCUUUCCUCGAGUCCAACAACAUCACCAUCGAGGCGCCCGAAGAGUCCAACGAGCGCCCACCGCUGCCCAUGGUCGACUUCCGCGAGCUCGAAGGCAAGAUCGACGCAGCUGUCAAGAAGACGCUCGAUGCGCAAGGCUUCACAACUCCGACACCCAUCCAGGCCUGCUGCUGGCCCGUACUGCUGCAGAACAAGGACGUCGUUGGUAUUGCCGAGACCGGUUCAGGCAAGACAUUUGCUUUCGGUUUGCCAGCAUUGCAGCACUUGGUCACCAAGCACAAGGUGCUUGACAGUGGAAAGAAGAAGGCGAAGGGUGCGCAGGUCAACGUCCUCGUUGUAGCACCGACACGAGAGCUUGCCAUCCAGACGGAAGAGAACAUGGCCAAGCUCGGCAAGUCGAUGGGUAUUGGUAUGAUCUGCCUGUACGGCGGUGUUUCCAAGCAGGAGCAGGUGCGAUUGCUCAACCAGACGCCUACCGUUCGUAUCGUAGUCGGCACACCCGGUCGUGUCUUGGACAUGGCAAGAGACGGCUCGCUCGACCUUUCGGGCGUAUCAUAUCUCGUACUGGACGAGGCGGAUCGCAUGCUCGACAAAGGUUUCGAGCCCGACAUCCGCGCCAUCAUCGGCAUGUGCAAGUCACGCGAGGAGGGUCGUCACACUUCCAUGUUCUCCGCUACGUGGCCGCCUGCAGUCCGCGGUCUGGCCGAAUCUUUUAUGAACGGGCCUGUCCGCGUCACUGUCGGGUCCGACGAGCUGUCUGCCAACCGUCGUGUCGAGCAGACCGUCGAGGUGCUAGCUGAUGGGUACGCUAAGGAGCGACGACUCAACGAUUUCCUGCGCUCCGUCAACGCCCAGCGCUCCAAGGACAAGAUCCUCAUCUUUGCUCUCUACAAGAAGGAGGCACAGCGCGUAGAGCAAACAUUGCGCCGAGGCGGAUUCAAGGUGUCAGGCAUCCACGGCGACUUGGGCCAGAACGAGCGUAUCGCUUCGCUUGAACGAUUCAAGUCUGCGGAAACGCCGCUUCUCGUCGCUACCGAUGUUGCCGCACGAGGUCUCGACAUCCCCAACGUCGAGCAUGUCAUCAACUACACCUUCCCAUUGACGAUCGAGGACUACGUGCACCGCAUCGGUCGUACCGGCCGUGGCGGAAAGACGGGAAAGAGUCUUACCUUCUUCACCGAGAUGGACAAGGCUCAUGCCGGUGAGCUCAUCAGGGUGCUCAAGGAUGCGGAUCAGAAGGUGCCGGAUGACCUGACCAAGUUCCCUACGACGAUCAAGAAGAAGACCCACUCGAGCUACGGCGAUCACUUCAAGGAGCUGGUCCCCGGUAAAGCCAAGAAGAUCACCUUCGACGACUAG